AGGUGGCUCUUGUAAUAUUUAUCAUGUAGCAUGACAGUUGUGAUCAAGUUUCAUUUUUCCUGUGAAGGGUCUACAUACGUGAUAAGUAGAUAAUGUGGAAACGAUUGUAGUGUUACUCAAUAUGCAUAAGUACUUACAACCAGUUUCCUAAGCUAGACUUUUUAUGAUAAUGCAACAGUACCUGCUUCCCUAAAGUUUCGCAACCAAGAUUUGCUGAGUAAGCUUUUCGUGCAAUAACAUAUUGUUUCUUGCUUCUGUUAUAUUAAAGGGCCAGAUGAUUUGAGAACUACGCCAUGGGAUUCAGUAGAAAUGUGUGGGAGGCUGUUUCAAAAUCGGUUUAUUUUUGUAGAUGAGUGGAGGGCUAGGAAUUUUGGUUUUGACGGUACCUAGAUGUUACCUAGGUUAGGAUUCCUGGUUGCUGCUUCAAUUGCAGCCUAUGCAGUUAAGCAGGUUAAUGUUAAGCGCUCGGGUUCAUCAAAACCAGUAACCAAGCCUUCAGAAAAAGAUUCAGACCAAUUUACAUAUCUUAUUGAUAGCCUUCAAGAGUUGGAGAAUGAGGAGGAAGAAGAAAAGGAAGAGGUUAAAUUGAUUAGCGGUGAAAUAAAUGCAGCUCUGAAUAAUCCUUCUGAUUUUGAAGAUGAGAUUUAUCCAGAAUUAGAAAGUCUUUUAUCAGGAGAGAUUGAUUUUCCACUACCAACAGAAAAGUAUGACAUGUCGAACAAUAUUCAGGCUGAGAAGGAUAAAUUAUAUGAGACUGAAAUGGCCAAUAAUGCGAGUGAGUUGGAACGGAUGCGCAACCUAGUAAAAGAGUUGGAGGAGAGGGAAGUGAAGCUUGAAGGUGAAUUGCUGGAGUACUAUGGUUUGAAGGAACAAGAGUCAGAUGUUGUUGAAUUACAAAGACAGCUAAAAAUAAAGACCGUAGAAAUAGAUAUGCUAAAUAUUACUAUUAAUUCCUUUCAAGCAGAGAGAAAAAGGCUUCAAGAAGAAGUCUCUUUGGGAGCUUCUGCCAAGAAAGAUCUUGAGGUGGCUAGAAAGAAAAUUAAGGAGCUUCAGAGGCAGAUGCAAAUGGAGGCUACCCAGACAAAAGGCCAAUUAUUAUUGCUCAAGCAGCAAGUUAUUGGUCUUCAGGUAAAGGAAGAAGAAGCUUUUAAGAAAGAUACUGAGGUUGAGAAGAUGCUUAAAUCUCUCAAGACAUUAGAAAUGGAGGUUGCAGAACUGAAAAGGAAGAACAGAGAACUUCAACAUGAGAAGAGGGAGUUGGCUGUUAAACUAGACGUAGCUGAAGCUAAAAUAACUUCCCUCUCCAAUAUGACAGAGAGUGAGUUGGUUGCCAGUGUAAGAGAGGAGGUCAAUAACUUGAAGCAUACUAAUGAAGAUCUUUCAAAACAAGUAGAGGGACUUCAGAUGAACAGGUUCAGUGAAGUCGAGGAGCUGGUAUACCUACGAUGGGUUAAUGCAUGCUUAAGAUUUGAGCUCAAGAACUACCAAACACCUGCAGGGAAGAUGUCAGCUCGUGAUCUUAAUAAAAAUUUAAGCCCGCGAUCACAGGAAAGGGCUAAACAGUUGAUGUUAGAAUAUGCAGGAUCAGAACGUGGCCAAGGGGAUACAGAUCUUGAGAGCAACUAUUCUCACCCUUCAUCUCCAGGAAGUGAUGAUUUUGAUAAUACUUCCAUUGAUAGUUCCACAAGUAGAUUCAGUUCUGUGAGUAAAAAACCUAGCAUAAUCCAGAAACUGAAGAAAUGGGGAAAAGUGAAAGAUGAUUCUAGUGCUCUUUCAUCACCAGCAAGAUCUUUUGCAGGCGGGUCGCCAAGCAGGAGUAUUACGAGCAAUAGACCAAGGGGCCCCCUGGAAUCCUUAAUGUUAAGGAAUGCGAGUGAUAGUGUUGCCAUCACUACCUUUGGGAUGCAAGAGCAGGAUGAUAGUAGCGCUCCUCAAACACCAAGGCUCCCACCUAUUAGAACGCAGGCUUCUGCUGAUUCACUGAAUAAUGUUGCCUCUUCAUUUGGCUUGAUGUCUAGAUCGGUUGAUGGAGCAAUAGAUGGGAAGUAUCCAGUAUACAAGGACAGGCAUAAGCUUGCCUUGGAGAGGGAGAAACACAUUAAGGAAAAAGCUGACCAAGCAAGAGCAGUGAAAUUUGGCGAUCCUUCUACUUUCAAGCCUCUUAAAUCUGCAUCCUUGCCUCCAAAACUUGCUCAAGUGAAGGAGAAAGUGGUUUUUACAGGUGACUCAAGUGACCAAUCUGGUGAUGGCAAGAUGGUUGAUUCUCAAGCAGUGAGCAGAAUGAAAUUCGCUGAUAUUGAGAAGAGACCACCCAGGGUCCUUCGACCUCCUCCUAAACCAACCAGAGGGGCUUCUGCUGUGUCAAAUGCUGCACCUUCGAGUGGUCUUUCAGGUGGUCCACCCCCACCACCACCUCCACCAGGUGCUCCGCCUCCACCACCAGUACCUGGUGGGCCACCUCGACCACCUCCUCCACCUGGAAGUCUGUCAAGAACAGCUGGUGGUGAAAAAGUUCACCGGGCUCCUGAAGUGGUUGAGUUCUACCAGAGUUUGAUGAAGCGUGAGGCGAAGAAAGAUACAACAUCUUUAAUUACUUCUACAUCCAACACUGCAAAUGCCAGGAGUAACAUGAUCGGGGAAAUAGAAAACAGAUCAACUUUCCUCUUAGCUGUGAAAGCUGAUGUGGAAACUCAAGGUGAUUUUGUCCAGUCCUUGGCAGCUGAAGUCCGAGCAGCUACCUUUACCGACAUUGAAGAUUUGGUGGUAUUUGUAAAUUGGCUAGAUGAAGAACUCUCCUUUUUGGUUGAUGAGCGAGCAGUUCUGAAGCACUUUGAUUGGCCGGAAGGUAAAGCAGAUGCAUUCAGAGAGGCGUCUUUCGAGUAUCAGGACCUCAUGAAAUUAGAGAAGCAAGUAACUUCUUUUGUUGAUGAUCCUAAUGUCCCUUGUGAAGCUGCUUUGAAGAAAAUGUACAAGUUGCUUGAAAAAUUGGAGCAGAGUGUUUAUGCAUUAUUGCGUACACGAGAUAUGGCUGUUUCACGUUAUAAAGAAUUUGGCAUUCCUGUUAAUUGGUUACAAGAUUCAGGAGUUGUUGGCAAGAUUAAGCUCUCUUCUGUACAAUUGGCACGAAAGUACAUGAAGCGUGUUGCAUCAGAACUUGAUGCAUUAGAUGGACCUGAGAAGGAACCAAACAGAGAAUUUUUGGUUCUGCAAGGAGUCCGAUUUGCUUUCCGUGUGCAUCAGUUUGCAGGAGGCUUUGAUGCAGAGAGCAUGAAAGCAUUUGAAGAACUAAGAAACCGAAUGCAAGCACAAGCAAGCGAAUCAAAGGAGCAAGAAGCAUAGAUAGUAGGGUUUGGACCCGUGGGGACAAGCCGUUUGUCGACACCAUAACGCGGAUCAAUCUCACUCUCAGCUGCUGGCUCUCUGUGCAUGUGCCCUGGUGAGUUUUUCCGGUGAUGAUGCUUGCGGUGAUGAUUCUUGUUUCUGUAAAACGGGGUGAAAUCAAAUUUCGUAGCUAAAGCUUUUCGGAUCAGAGGACGUGACAUGGAAUUUCUUCUAAGUGCAGGAGUAGUAUUGAUAUUUGAAUCAAAUGUAUAAUGUAAGAUAUGAAACAAAAGGAAGAAAAGGAUAGAGAGGCAAAAGAUGGAAUAUAAUUUGUGAGAUAUUUUGAGGACCAUGUUGGAGAAGUAGAAUUGAGGAUGCAAAGAGGAAGCAUGGAGCAAUAAUAUUGAUAUUGAUUGAAAUGCUAUAAAAGAAUUAAUAUUGUGGUUUAAAUUGUAGUUUUUGAAGGUUAAGAAGAAUGUAAUGGAUGAUGAGAAUGUAAUUGUAGUAUGUUGUGUACAUGCGUUUAUAGUGGAGUUGAGAGUUAAA